CCUAGUUACAUGUGACAGUGUUAAGCCCGUAUUAAUCAUUCGCUAAAUUUGUAUGCGCCCAACUCUAUUUUAUAAGAAACGAUAAGGAAACGGGUCUACACUCUAUGGAAUUUGAUGAAGGAGAGCCUACCAAGCGUACACAAGCGAUUGCUGGUAACGUUGCUACCAACCGUUGUUUAACAUUAAACAUGGGAGGCCGAAUCAUGGUGUUAUGGUUGUGUCUCAGCCUGCGUACAGCAAACUCAGCUACCCAUUCCCUGAAGUAUUUCUACACAGCGCUUCCACAAUCUACUGGCCUUCCAGAGUUCAGCGCUGUUGCUUAUUUGGAUGAGGAACCAAUGUAUUUCUAUGACAGUUCUACAAAGGAAGUAGCUCGACAGGAGUGGGUAAAAGAAGCCGUGGAUCCAGACUUCUGGAGAAGAAAUACACACAUUUUUAAGGAGACUGAGAAGGUGUUCAAAUACAACAUGGACUCUGCAAGAGAUCGCUUCAACCAGACAAGUGCCCAUGCAUUGCAGAAAAUGUACAGCUGUGACUGGGAUGACGUAACUGGUGCAGCUACAGAUGGACGUGAACAGUAUGGAUAUGGAGGAGAGGACUUCCUGUCAUUUGAUCUGAAGAAUGAAAGAUGGAUUGCACCUGGUCGGCAGGGACUCGACACCAAAAUGAAGUGGGAUGCUAAUGUUACUAAGCUUAAAGCCAAAAUUCACUAUCUAACACAUACGUGUAUUGAAUGGCUGAAAAAAUAUGUUUCCAAUCGGAGACGCAAUCUGCAGAGGACAGUACCACCGCAGGUAUCUUUGCUUCAGAAAGAACCGUCCAAUCCUGUGACCUGCCAUGCAACAGGCUUCUAUCCGAACGCAAUCAUGAUAUUGUGGGGAAGAGAUGGAGUAGAGAUCCAUGAUGAUGUGGUGCAUGAAGAGACCCUGCCUAACGGGGAUGGGACAUAUCAGAAGAGAAUCCAUCUCACUGUGUCCCCUGAAGACCUACAGCAGCACAACUACACAUGCACUGUCCAACACAUUAGAGGCGAUGAUGUGGUUCUGUCUGCUAACAGGGACAGCAUUCGCAGCAACAGCAGGAAUACUCAGGGGCACUACAUCACCAUUGUCUUGGUAUUGGUCACAUUGGCCUUCAGUGUUAUUGUGGUUUUCAUAAUGACAAAGGUCUGCAAAGGAAAAGAACCAACAGCUGGAAAGGAAAAACAGUGUCCAACAAGUCUCCCGGAGAAGAGUGUUCAUCUGCUCGUCAAUGCAAAACCUGCUGAAGUGGGGAAAUCAAAAAUGAGCCAUCCAGCUGAUACUCUCCAGUGCCCGACUCAAGAUACGACUGGUUUCGACAGAACGUCCAACAGAAGCAGAACAAUUUCCUCAGGCUCGUCUGCUGGCUCUGAUGACUCUGGCGACUCUACAACUCCUCUUGUCAAGAAACUGGUAGCGACUCCGACUGGUGCCAAGGUGCCUAUCCCCCGAUGAAGCUGGUUCAUCCAGCCAGACACCUGCUGUUUCCGGCUCCACACCUACCCCCGCCCGGCCAUCUAGAGGUGUGAAGACGUCAAAGAAGCGGAGGAAGGGAAGCGUGGAACCUGCUGGCAGAGAGGUAGAUGGGCAUUGGCACUCUGCUGGAGGAGGAUGUUGAUCCAAUUCCACUAGUAUUUUGGCCGAAAAGGCAGCCAGGGCCGCAACUAGACAUGACAGCGAAGUACAGCCCCCUUCAACCUUUUCAGCUGUUUUUCACCCCGUCAGUAAUUGAUUCACUUGUAUCUAACACCAACAAGUAUGGAGCAAAAAAGCAAGCAGGCAAGAAAGAUGCAUGGAAGCCCAUUUUCAUGCAAGACCUUUUCUGCUUCCUUUCGAUUGUCAUUUACAUGGGGCUGGUGAAGUUAAUAAUGUUGCUGUAGGCCUCUUGGAAGCCUCCCUGACCAGUUAUCUUCCUAAACAAUACAUUUGGAACAAACCUACAAAAUGGGGAUACAAGCUGUUUGUUUUCGCCGAUUCUGUGUGUGCGUACACCUGCAAUUUUUUUGUUUAUGAGGGGAAAAGCAGUUUUGCGACCGGUAAGGGACUAAGUUAUGAUUCUGUCAUGGAGCUGUUGGAUUUUCAACUUCUGGGGAGUGGCUACAAACUGUUUGUCGACAAUUUUUACACAAAAGCCCUUCCCUGUUUGCAGACCUAAGGAAGCUGAAUGUGUGGGCUUGUGGCACCAUUCGUACCAACAAAGUGGGCAUUCCAAAGAAAAAGGUAAACGACAUGCCUAAGCGGGCUGAGCGGGGUACGAUGCGAUGGAUUCGUGAAGAUGGCCUGCUCUUCGUGAAGUGGAUGGAUACCAGAGAGGUGGUGAUGUGCAGUACUAUCCACAAGUCCUUCAGUGGCGAUCACGUCGUCAGGCGUGUGAAGGGCGCUACUGGGGCAUGGACCACAAAAAUGUCCCCAUUCCUGGAGCUAUCAAGGACUACAACAAGGGCAUGGGAGGUGUGGACCUUUCAGACGCACUGAUAGGGUAUUACAAUGUUCUCCACAAGACCAUGAAAUGGUACAAGACAUUGUUUUAUCAUUUCAUCGACAUUGCUGUGGUCAAUUCCUUCAUCCUCCAGAAGGAAAUGGCUAAGAGCUGUGGACAGCCCCCCAUCUCCCGGCUAGCCUUCAGGAAGCUGCUCAUCCAGGAGCUUGCUGGCUACAUUACAAAGUCCACUGCACCACCUUCUGCCCCCUCUACCUCUGCCCCCUCUACUCCUGCCGCCAGUGGUGUUCACAUGCCAAAGUUCAUAACUGCAGGCAUGAAUGUGCCUCGGGGCCAAAAGGGCACAGCAUGGAGGCGUCGUUGUGUUCUUUGCCGCAUGAAGUCCCCCAUCACCUGCAACACGUGUUCGGUUUGCCUCUGCUUUACAGCAGAAAGGGACUGCUAUGGGACAUGGCACCAGCAGCAAAAUAUUGUGUAGAGGACUGAGGGUCUUCCAAGGGUCUACCCCUGUUAUUUUUUUUAUAUAUAUUUUUUUGUAAAUAUUUUUUCAACAUUUUUUGCAUUUUGUGUAGUUAUUUCCAUAAAAAUGUACCUUUUUUUGACCAAUAUUUUUGGCACAUUUUUAUAAAAAAAUGUGUUUGUUGGAAUUGCAUUUUGUUACUUUGUAUAUAGUUAUUAGCACAAAAAAAUGUACCUUUUUUUGACUUUUUGCACAUUUUUAUUUAAAAAAUGUGUUUGUUGGAAUUGCAUUUUGCUACUUUGUAUAUAGUUAUUUGCAUAAAAAUGUAUCAAAAAUAUAAAAACCUGCUACAUUUUUAUAAAAAGUGUUUGUGUGUUAGAAUUGCAUAAUGUUAUGUUGUAUAUAGUUAUUGGCACAAAAAUGUAGCACUUCACCAAUUCGGCCACUUGGAUACAUUUGGGCAACUUGUGUGGGAGACCUGGGUGACUUCAUGCUAAAUGUCAUGUAGCUCACUCAUUCCUGAAGUUAUGUGGGAAAGUGUGUAUUUGGGAAGCCUAACACAUUGUGCAUGUCUUAUAGUAAUAUGUCUGUGUAGGGUGUACUGUGUCUUAUAGUAAUAUGCCUGUGUUUGUAAGAUUGGGUGUACUGUGUCUUAUAGUAAUAUACCUGUGUAGGUAAGAUUGGGUGUACUGUAUGUCUUAUAAUAAUAUGCCUGGUGUAGGUAAGAAAGGGUGUACUGUAGGUCUUAUGGUAAUAUACCUGUGUUGGUAAGAGAGGGUGUACUGUGUCUUAUAGUAAUAUACCUGUGUAUGUAAGAGAGGGUGUACUGUCUUAUAGUAAUAUACCUGUGUAGGUAAGAUUGGGUGUACUGUAUGUCUUAUAAUAAUAUGCCUGGUGUAGGUAAGAAAGGGUGUACUGUAGGUCUUAUGGUAAUAUACCUGUGUUGGUAAGAGAGGGUGUACUGUGUCUUAUAGUAAUAUACCUGUGUAGGUAAGAUUGGGUGUACUGUAUGUCUUAUAAUAAUAUGCCUGGUGUAGGUAAGAAAGGGUGUACUGUAGGUCUUAUGGUAAUAUACCUGUGUUGGUAAGAGAGGGUGUACUGUGUCUUAUAGUAAUAUACCUGUGUAUGUAAGAGAGGGUGUACUGUCUUAUAGUAAUAUACCUGUGUAGGUAAGAUUGGGUGUACUGUAUGUCAAUGCCUGGUGUAGGUAAGAAAGGGUGUACUGUAUGUCUUAUGGUAAUAUACCUGUGUUGGUAAGAGAGGGUGUACUGUGUCUUAUAGUAAUAUACCUAUGUAUGUAAGAGAGGGUGUACUGUGUCUUAUAGUAAAAUAUUUUUUACAUUUAACUAGGCAAGUCAGUUAAGAACAAACUCUUAUUUACAAUGACAGCCGCCUUGUUCAGCGGCAGAAAGACAGAUUUUUAACCUUGUCAGCUCAGGGAUUUGGUCUAGCAACCUUUCGGUUACUGGGCCAAAGCUCUAACCACUAGGCUACUUGCCCAAUAUGCCUGUAUAGGUAAGAUAGAGUGUACUGUAUGUGUUAUCAGUCAGGGUAUCCUAUCAAUCCUUCACAAGAUAGCAUGCACACCACAUUUUCUUCAGGAAAUUAACUUUUCUCAUUUUUGAUUGUGACUUUCUAUCUGCACUGACUCCUUUGAUUGUUCUUAUUUGGGGAGUGAUGAGCCCUCUACACUGCAGGAUUUCCCUAACACUUUUCCACCAACAUAUUGGAAUGUGAACCAAAUUAAAAUAGGGAUACUACGAAUGGUUAA